UAAUUCAGUCAUAAGUAAAAAAAGAGACAAUGAGGAUCUCACUCUCGAUUUUCUUAAUAUUAAUAUCAAAAAGUUUAAGUUUCACAUUCCACGACCCAAAAAAACCCAUUAUCUCAAAUCCUAAGGGGACAUAUUUAGGUUACUCGGUACUGUUGCAAAAAACCCAUGUUCCUGACCAUUUCUUAGUGAUUGUUGGUGCUCCAAAGGAUCGGGUGACCAACGGAACCCACCAUGGAGGCCAAGUAUUGAAAUGCAAAUUAAAUCAGGUGCUCAAUCCGGAAUGUGAGACGUUGUUCGGUCAUGGUAUCCCCAUUGCAUGGACUACCCAUGGAGAUUUCUUGGGUGCAACAGUUGACGGACAUGACCAUAGUGAUGGAUACAUUGUGGGUUGUUCACCAAGGGAUUUAUUAAUCAAAAAAAAGAGUCCGAAAACUCCCUAUUCGUAUGGAAGCUGUUUCUUUAAGAAGGGGGCUGAAAAGUCCCACUUUCUCACUCCAGAAAUGUUCAAAGGAGAAGCACCUCUAUCCGCAAAGUUAUUCGAUGGCAAUUUGGUCUAUAACUAUGCCUAUGCCCUAUUUGGGUUCUCUAUUGCUUUAUAUAAUAACGAAAUGGUGUUUUCUGGAGCCCCAAAACUUAAACCCACAGGGUCCAUAAUGCAACUGGGGCUCCCUAAUUUUGAAAAUGCCCACGUUAGAAGUGAGGAAGUGCUGGUGGAACCUCAACGGUACUUUCCUCAAGAAGACUCCAACUAUUUGGGGUACGCCGUGUAUGUUGCGAAGAACGAGUUUAAUGGGGAAACUUGGUUUUUUGCCGGGUCACCUCGGGCUGACCCAAGUAACUUACUAGGAAAAGUGACAGUUUACACACUGAACCAAAGAAGGAAAUUUGAAGAAAUACACACCGAAUGGGGCAAAGAGUUCGGCUCCUAUUUCGCCUCCUCACUCUUAUCCAUCGACUUAAACAGGGAUGGAAUAUUGGACUUGUUGGUAGGAGCUCCUACUAGCGGAGGAUCAACUUAUGACGAGGGACGUGUCUACUCUUAUCUCGGAUUACCAUUCGACAAAGGUUACCAAAAAAGACAAACUACUAUUAAAACGGUCUUUUUCCAAGAACGUCAAGUCAAAUUGACCGGAUCCAAUCGUCCAGGAGCCAGAUUUGGCACCUCAAUAACCUCAAUUGGAGAUUUCGAUCUGGAUGGUUUCAAUGACGUGGCGAUUUCAGCCCCGUAUGAAGACAACGGCAGGGGUGCAGUCUACAUAUACAAGGGCGGCCCUGAAGGGUUGGAAUUUAGUCAAAGACUAAUCGGUGCAGACGAUAGUAAAGGGUUCGGGGCGGGUUUAUCCAGAGGGAAUGACGUGGAUAAUAACGGACACAACGAUAUUGCCAUCGGUGCAUAUAAAACUGACCAAGUGUUUUUAAGUAAAAGUAAGGCAAUCGUAGAGUAUUCGGCCACGUUGGGUUCAUCUAUAAAGGCCAUUAAAGAGACUACUGAUGAGUUUAAGGUGUUUUUGGACUUGGAUUUUAGGACUAGAAGUCAUUUGGUCCAUGUAAAGGAGGUCGGGUUUAUGGUCGAUAUCCGGUUGGACUAUAGGGCGAAAAUGGAGAGGGUGAACGAGAUGGUGGUUGUGCCCUCGGGGGGUAAAAAGACUGUAGAGUUUAUUGUUAAAUUGAAGCCAAUGAAAAAGGACUUUUCCUCGUUCAAAUUCGAGGCAGCCCUAAACCCCUUGGGGACCCAAAUAGUCGCACUGGGUCCCAAAAAAGUCGAGAAAAACUUCCGGUACGACAUCGGAUGCGGUAACGGAAACGUCUGCAUGACAGGGAUCCGUUUGACCGUCAUUAGCAACAGGAAGAGCAUCGUCCUGGGUAGUGACGUCACAGAUUUCGCAUUGGAGCUAUUGGUAUCCAACGCAGAAUCCGCAGAUCCCGCUUACAAUUGCGAAUUCAUCAUUAGGACCCCGGGUUUUAUUGUACCGAAGAAUUCUUCGUGUAGAAGUGAAAAUGAUGAGUACGUUUGCCCUUUUAGGGAUAAACUGGCUAAAGGAUCUAUGGGCAAGGAGCUCUACACUUUCGAUAUCAAGAAUCUGGACCUAAACAACCUGGAAAUUCCCAUCAAUAUAUCGGUUCAAUGUGCAGGAAGGAACAGCGAAAAAUACUCCGGAUUGCACCAAACCGUUAUAAAAAUUCCGAUCGUCGUUAACAGUACGUCAAACGUGUUCGGAAAGUCUGUUCCAGAAAACAUCGCCCUAUUGAGGACGAUCGAAUCGAACGAUUCCGAAGUGGUCCAUAAGUUUACCAUAAGCAAAUACGGACCGUCCCCAUUAACGUUGAACCUGACACUUUUGGUGCCGCUGAUCAAACGUAAUCACCAGGACGAUUUGGUGAACAUUUUGGAAAUUAUGGGUGCUAUCGAGGGUAAUAGUGCAGACCUAAUAACUUGCCAGGAGAGUAAGGAUGCGGCUUAUGUGGGUCAUAAGGAGGUUAUGGAACAUUUUUCCGAUCAGUUGGAGAUGUUUAACGGGACUAUUUUGGUGUUUUGCGAUGGUGUUUAUGAGUGUAAACGGUUCAAUUGUACCGGCGUAUUGAGGAAUUCCAAUGAGAAAGCUGUGGUUGAGGUUAGGAUGGUUUUUGUCGCUAAAUUGUUUGCAAAACAAUUCAGUGACGAGCUCAUAACAAAAAACCGAAUCGCGUACCUCCCUAUACUGCUACAACAAAACACCACUGACAGAUUAUUAGUUACCAGUACUUUCUCGAUAAUUUUCGAGGAGUUUUUCUAUAUACCAUUGUGGACUUUUUUAAUUGCAUCACAAAUCGGGACCGUUUUACUCAUGGCCGUCAUUUUCAUAUUAUAUAAGUGUCAAUUUUUCAAAAGGGAAUAUAAGGUACUGGUAAAGGAGGGUAUAGCAGAAGCUGAAGCCGAAAAAAGAACAUCCAUGAGAGCGCCUGACAGCCAAACUUCCUAAAUUUUCCAGAAAUCAUAUUAUGAAGUGUUUUCAACAAUGUUACGAGUCACCAGUUAUUAAUUAACAUAAUAACAACAAUAAACAAAUUAAUAAUUAUGAAAAGUAUAAGAAA